AGGGUAAAACGCGAAGGAAAUGUCGCUGAAGACGUGGCUCUAGCAAAUCGCAACUUACAGUUCACGCGUCGUGGCUUCUUGUUGUUGCUGAAGAUUUUCCUUCCCGCGACCAUUUUUGUGAGGUCAUGGACUACGAUUUCAGAACCAGGUCAGGUCCACCCCACGACGCACAGGUUCCAAUCUACCGUCAAUCCUCGUCUUCUUCGCCUCCCACCCACCCCAUGUACGGGCCCUCUUUGUACCCCAAGGUCGGCCCGCAUGGCCUUGUCGCACCUCCUCCCGCCGCCCGUCCCUCACCGCAUCAUCAGACUUCUACCUCGUCCGUUCCGUCAGGAUUGGGCAUUAAGGUUGCUAUAAAGCCGGAAUACAGGAUCACUCCACCGCCUCAUUUGUUACCACAUGGUGGAGAUAUACCACGUAGCAACUUUCAAUUUGAUUUUGACUUGGAGAGAAAAGUUUUGGCAGAAGCUGAGAAGCAAAACCCCAAUUGGAGUAGAUUUGGUAUGGAAAUUCUUCCAGCUAAGAGUGUUGAAUCUACAUCACCAAAGGGCCCUGUUUCUGAUCCUAUUGUGAGCAAAUAUAUUGCUUCUGGGCUCAACCGAGAGGCUGUUCCAAUUGCUGUUGCCAAUUAUGGAGAUAAUCCAACCAAGGUUCAAGAAUUUGUUAAUGGCUACACCCUCCUGCGUGAAAUGGGAUUUGCAACAAGCACCGUUGCGGAAGCCUUGAUAAUGAAUGACAACGAUACGGACAAGGCAUUAGCUCACUGCCUGAACGGCCCAUCGUGAGAGUCUUAAAGCUUAUUUAUUGUACAUCCUAUUUAUUCGUUGAUAGAUAUUAGAUUGGUGCUUCUGUGUAAUGAUGAAUGACGUUCAAGUAUAGACAACUGAGACGCGCGCUUGCAAUCUAAUAUAAGGCUGCUCUUCUUUUUGGCCCGGCCAUGACCA